GGGGAGACAAGUAGCUGUCUCUGCAUGCACGAUGGCUUCCAAACGUCUUUUCCUUUUGUCCGUGUCCGAUAAACGUGGAGAGUCUGCCAUAAAACCCCCGAGAUUUUUAUAUCUAUGUUAUUUCUGGUGAGAUACCAUAACUUUCUGUUAUUGCAAGCGAUAAAACCAAGAACAGGCCGAUGGAUUUGUCUGUUAGAAACAAAAGAGUAGUCAUUGCUGGCUCGUGUUGUCUGGUGAUUGUUGUACUUGGAGAAAUAUACACAUUUUCACGGAAUCAUGAAACAAGAGCCAGAGCGUUUAGAGCACAUUUUGUCAUUCUUGUUGAGAUUAUUCUAUAUUUUAUUUCAAAAUUCAUUUGGAAUAAUCUAAUCCACAUAAAAGAAAAGCACAUAAUUGAACCAGAAGUAGUUUCAGAUCAUCAGGCACACAGAUUGAAAUGGCAGACUGCCAUGGAAUGGAUUUUGUUAAUUUAUAUCGGCCUAGUCCACACAAGCUACCUGACAAAUUUCUUUUUAAUGGGCAGAGAACCACACUGGUUUGCAAUGCUGGCAUACAGUGCUUUAGGCUUUCAUUUCCAGCUUGCCACUGGGCUAGGCAUACUCAAACUAUUUCAGGUUGCUCUGCGUUUUAUCAAGUACAGAUCAAACAACCUUGCUGAUGGACUGAUCUGCAGGCCAGUAGACAAGGUGUCCAAACGCAGAACAGCAAUACUAGCCUUAGUUUAUGCUUUUUUGGCAACAGCAUUUGGAAUUUACAAGGCAGCUCAGAUACCUGAAGUAAAAAAAGUCAUGAUACCUAUUCAGGAUCUUCAACGCAGCUGGGAAGGUGCUCGUAUUGUCCAGAUCUCAGAUAUCCACUUGGGACCAACAGUUGGAUGGACAAAACUCAAUGCCAUAGUUGAUGUCAUCAAUAGUCUUAGACCAGAUAUUGUUGUCGUGACUGGUGAUCUGGUAGAUGGUUCCAUGAGAUUGCUUGAGGAUGCUGUGUCACCACUCACAAGAGUCCGAUCAAAGUAUGGAAAUUUUUUUGUCACAGGAAAUCACGAGUACUACACAGGGGAUGUGGACAACUGGCUCAUCAAACUAGAGUAUGAGCUGGGCUUCAAACCUUUGCACAAUAGUAAUGUCAAGGUCAUUCCAGAAGAAGGAGAUGAGUCUGAUGAAAUCUGUGUAGCUGGCACUGAUGAUAUAGAUGCUGACUUGUUAGGGUAUACAGGUCAUGGAUUCAACAUCAAUGGUGCCCUGCACUCCUGUGAUGACACAAAGCCUGUGAUAGUGCUGGCUCAUCAACCCAAAGCAGCCAAAGCCCUCCUCCAGUCUCAAUACAGAGUAGACCUUGUUCUGGCAGGACACACACAUGGAGGGCAAUUUUUCCCAGUGUUGAUUGGUGUAUACCUCGUGAACCCCUUCUUCAGCGGCCUGUACCAGUAUGGUCGGAGUCAUGUGUAUGUGUCGACAGGUACUCAGUACUGGGGGGUGCCCCUGAGACUGGGCUCCUCCAUGGAGAUUACGGAGAUUACACUGCACAGGGCCACAGAAUAGAUGUAAUCAUAGCUAACCUUUAAGAACUGGAACACACAUUAAAUUAUAGCCAACACUUGGUGAGUUAGAACCUGUGCAGCUUAAUUAUAGCUGCUUUCUGAAAUGUUUUGAGAUGUAGGUAUUAAUAGCUUAGUAAUAUAUUGAUCAUGGGUUAUGAAGGAGGGUUUGUAGUGCUUUUUACUGAUCAACCACAAUCAGUUUUCUUCCAUAAAGGCAAGUGUGCAAUUCUUGUUUUUUUAUUUUAUUUUAUUUUUUUGCUCUGUUCUGUGUGGUUGAUGUGCAUAGUGUCAUGCUGUGUUGUAUGGUACAACUGAUGAAAUAAUAGCGUACAUCAGCAGGGUUUCUUUCCACAUAGUUUCUUUAUCAAAAGUGCAUUGUGAUGAAUGAUUUAUAAGUUUAUAUGGUACUGGACACACACUCCAUUUAUAUUGACUCUUACUCUACUAAAGGUUUUGAGUGCUCUUCUAUUUUGUCUUGGGUUGUGUCACAAAAACUUGCUGAUCAAAUGCAAAUAUGUUGCAAAGUAGACUUGCUGUAUACCAAAAAAAAAAAAAGGAAAAUAAAUAAGCAUUUAUGCAGGGCUUCUGCUAAGGCUAAAUUUUUGGGGGUCCCAGGGACCCCUUCUUCAGAUUUUUAAGGGGUCUCUGUUCUUCGCCCAAAUUUGAAUGGGACCCCAUUGACGAAAAUUGAAGGGGUCCUCCGAACUUUUAAUGCAUACUGUAUGCAAUUUUUUGCGUAAGCAGAAGCCCUGAUUUAUGAUAUCAAAAAGAAAAUGCCAAAGGAAUCACAGAACUUGAAACAUCUAUAAUUUAAUUACAAAUAAUUGUUAGUGUGGUCUGUUAAAUGCCAAUGAUCAACAUUACAAAGAAGGAAUGUUUGCCAUGAGACAAUACAGUUUAGAUACAAAAAUCUUAAUGUGCAUUCAAUUCUCUAUUAGAAUACCACAAUUUUAUUAAAUUCUAAUACAAUU